UUCUGUGAGGCAGAGAUGACAAGGUCUAGAAUCUGAGGCAUUAGGUUCUAAGACCCUGAAGCCUAUGAAGAGGGAUGCCUAGUGAAAUUUAGAUCAUGUUGAGUCCUACCUUUGUUCUAUGGGAUAUUAGAUAUCCUUUAUACACCUGUGGAUCCAUCUUCAUUAUUGCAUUAAUUAUCUGGAAAGUGAAAAAGAGACGCCGAGAAUUAAGGUUGGGACCUAAGAGGAGCUGUUGCCGGCAUCACCAAAGAGUCCAACAACAGUCUAAAGACAGAGUAUCAAAAGCUUGGAGAACUUCCCAGGAAGAAGCCGAGAAGCUGCAGAAGCUGCUCUCUGUCAUGAAAAGCCAGGGCUGGCUUCCUCAGGAGGGAAAUGUGCGGCGGCUCCUGUGUGCAGAUCCCUGCUGCCAAAUCUGCAAUGCUAUGGCUCUGGAGAUUCAUCAUUUGCUGGUAGGCGAGGACAAGAUCUCGCCCACUUUACUGGGGCCAUCACAGGACUCCUCCGGCCUGUCCAUAUCUAGUCUUUCUUUUGAGCAAAGUCAGGAGUUGGGUUCCCAGAACUCCAGACAACUUUCACUGGGAUCUGGAACCCCUAAACUGUCUCGAUUAGUGGAUCAAAAAUCUCUAACCCAGUCAGCAGCCCAGUCAACUGGUGCAGUCAGUGACCAAGAUUUCUGGGCUGAAGAUAUUCGACGAAGGCAGGGAUCUCAUGGACCAGAUGUGUCCCAGGACCUGGCAGCUUUGUCUUCUUCAGAACUUAAGCACCCUGUGAACCAGCAGAAGAGGAAGAACAACUCUACAUUUGUCCCGGAAAACCAAGAAGCUCCAGAAGUUGGCUUGGGAAAUAACGUGAAGCUAUUUCUGCACUGGAUUAAUCCGGAAGUGAAAGGUGAAAAACAUGAGGAAUCCACUCUUCUCUCUAAGAGUGAGACAGUGGCGACAGAUAAAACAAAAAAGCUUGGGAAGGGUUUAAAUCCCACCAAAGGCUCUGUUCAGGAAGCUAACUCAAAGAAGACAAUGAAGGAGGGCCGGAUCACCUUCGAUGCCCCCAGUGCCUAGACAAUCAGCUUCAGCAACACUCCCUUCAGUCCAGCCACUCCUGGGCUCUGUGCUGCUCCCACAACUGCUCCAAACUCUAUCCUCAACAGCCACAAAAUCAGAGAAUCUAUCCCAGGUCUCAAUUUUCACCUCAGCAGAAGACACUGGUUUAUACAAGGAGAUACCCAAGGGAGUUUGUAGGUCCCAAAACCUCUAUAUCCCCAUGAAAAAUGUUGUCACCAUUUCCAUUAGUAUGCAGGUGAAGCAAAACUUUCUCCAAAUAUACUCUAUACCUCUAAGAAA